CUCGUCGAGUGCGCGAUGCUCUCGGCGCUGACCGGCCUCCUCUUCCACCUCUCCACGCUGUUCCGCCUGGACGCGUACUUCGGCGCGCUGUUUCCGCUGCCGAUCGUGAUCGCGGCCGCGAGGAACGGCCCCAAGGCGGCGUCCCGCGUCGCCGUCGUCACGUCCAUGCUGCUGUUCCUCAUCUCUGGGCCGUUGAGGGCGGUCAACUACUACUGCCUCCACGGAGCCAUGGCGUACUCGCUGGGAUGGGCGUGGACCAAGCGGUUCUCGUGGUGGGUGUCCAUACCGCUGAGCGCGACCGUUCGAUCAAUCGGCAUCUUCUGCUCGCUGAUGUUCACGAGUCUGGUGCUCAGGGAGAACGUGAUGCAGCUGAUGGUGACGCAGAUGAUGGGUCUGCUGGACCAGAUCGCGGCUAACAUUGGGAUGAGCUGGAUGCCAACGCUGGGGUGGGUGUGGGCCAUGGCGCUGUUCUUCGUGCUGCUCAACUCGCUGUCGUACGUGGUGAUACUUCACGCGGUGUUCACGAUCUUGCUU